GCGAGAACCCGGAGUACUUAUUAUUCUGUUGAUCGGGAAAAACGACAAUUGGCGCGGAUGUACGGGGUCGAUCGUAGGUAUUGGCAUCGUUCUCGGGGCGAUUCUCUGGUGUAGCAGUCUGAUAUCGCCCCCUUACCACCACUGCUGCCGCCGCCGUUGUCGCCGUCGCGCGUGUUUGUCAUCAUUCGCGCGUAACUUUUCGCGGCACGCGCGACGCGAAGAGAGACCACUGCUCGUGUCACGAUCGAGUCGCGUUGUCGUUAGCCGGUCGUCGAGUCGCGGCGAAUCUCUCACUCGCUCGUGUUCCUCGAGAUCGUGCGAGAGCGGGCGAGUGAGCGAGCGAGCUGAUAUCUCACGUUAUUAUCCCGUCGUCGCAUCGUCCUGCGAGUUCUCGCGCUGCCUCCUCGCGACAGGACCUUCCGUGAAUUGCUGCGGACAUGCCUAUGCUGAUGCAGCCGUCAGACUCUUCGCUGGCAAGCGAGGAGAACGACAGGGCGAACCUCGGAUUCGAUCGGGGCGCAUCGAUGAAUCACCCGGAGCCGAUUCAUCAUCAAGACACGAUGCAGAAUCGAGAGCGGAGCAAGCUGUUGCUGCGGAAACUCAACCAGAACCGCGAGCGGGAGCGCGGAAAGGAGCGCGAUCAGGAGCGCGAGAGACUGCAUCAAUUGCAGUCGAUCGGCAAUUUACUGUUGGACCUACCACCGCCGCCCACGCAUCUCUCCAGUUACUCCCAGGAAGCCUCCUCAUCACAAUCCGACAAGAACGUUAACAAUACUGACAGUGAUAGCGCGAUUUCGGAUAUGUUUGGAUUGGGUUUGCCUCGAGGAUCGUUGAUGGGAAACCAAUCGGCAGCGGUCGGCUCUCCGAGUUACCGCAAUAAUUAUCAGUAUUAUGGCCACGCGCAGGGAUCAUUCUCUCAACAGCAACAGCAACAACAUGAGUGUCAUCGCAAUCAUGGUUUCUAUUCAAAUUCCUCGAAUCUGGAUACACCAAGCUCACCGAAUUCGGCGACCGCUCCUGGCAGCCCUAGCACACCUUGCAGCUUCACGUCAGAUCCCUACAGCUAUUCGUCUACUGCCAGUAACUGUACAAACACACCAUCUUCGCCCACUAGCCGACCGUCGUUCCAAUAUCCCAGUACUUCGUCAUCGUCCACUGAUUCAUCAUACUACGGUCGCCCGAUACGAGGUUGCUCCACGCCGUACAGCGAUUGCGGCAGCCCUACAUUGGAAUUCUCUCAUCUUUUGGGAUGCAACGGCUCGCGUUCCAAUUCACCGGCCGACUCGGAAACAAGCGGUGUUGGUAGCGCAGACGGUUCCUUGUCCGACAUAAUAAUGAACUGUUUGUCGCUGAAUUCCUCGUCGAAUUCUUGCUUUCCUCAAUCCCUGGACUCCAUAAUAUCGGGGAAGGCGAACGCGUGCCCGAGCAAUCGGACGGCGUUCGAGCGUAUGGCUGUGAAAAAGUAUUUGUCAUCGUUACAGCAGAAUCCAACAAAUCCGCAUUAUUAUCAACACCAUCAUGGACUCGGGCAGACUCGCAGCAAUUUUCUGAAUUCUCUCUUGAAUUAUGAGAAAAAUUGCUGUUCCGGUCUUGGUAGUACCACACGUAGGUUGGCUCAACCGGUCUCGCUCGAUCGGGUAGCGCGUUCCCAUCGAAAUGCCGCUGCACAUUGUUAUCCGACGUGCACAUGGAGCGGUUUUCUUCCACAAAGCACCGACGAGCCAGUCGCUUAUUCCCCUAAGGUAUUUCUGGGUGGUGUACCAUGGGAUGUUACAGAAGCGAUUCUGAUUUCGACGUUCAAACAAUUUGGAUCGGUUCGUGUUGAAUGGCCACCGAAAGCGCCGUCUGCUCAGCCAAAAGGAUACGCGUAUAUCAUAUUCGAGUCAGAGAAACAGGUCAGGGCAAUGUUAUCCUGUUGCACUCAUGAUAUCACCAACGGCAAGAGAUGGUACUACAAAAUUAUAUCAAAGCGUUCAAAACCGAAAGAUGUACAAGUGAUUCCGUGGAUCUUAGAGAAUAGCAAUUACGUCAAAUCUUCAUCGCAAAGACUCGAUGUACAUAAAACUGUGUUUGUCGGAGCGUUACAUGGAACGCUAACGGCCGUAGGAUUAGCGAAAGUCAUGGAUGAUCUUUUUCAUGGAGUCAUUUAUGCAGGUAUCGACACGGACAAGUAUAAAUAUCCGAUAGGAUCCGGUCGUGUCACGUUCAGCACGAAGCAAUCAUAUUUCAAAGCGAUCACUGCUUCAUUUAUUGAAAUCAAGACUGACAAAUUUACGAAGAAGGUACAAGUAGAUCCAUACAUCGAAGAAUCGAUAUGCUCUGUGUGCAUCGUACAGCAAGGACAUUACUUCUGUCGUGAUGUGGCGUGUUUCCGAUACUUCUGCCUUAGAUGUUGGCAGUGGCAACAUUCCGUGGACUCGAUGUCGCAUCAUACACCUCUGACGCGAAACUCGAAGACGAAUCAAGUGAUAGGAUUGAAUCCGAACUUCGGAAUGAACAACUGUCCCCGUAUGUCGAGCACGACAAUGAUCUAAAGAGCAAUAUUUGAAGGGCAAAGAAGCUCGUAUUUGCGCGCGCGGCCAUAAUUCAGUACUCGCUUUACGUUUGCGCCGUUGUACUCUAUUUUUUGUUCCUUUUGACUUCUUCGGUAUCGACAUUGCGCCGCCUGAUCUCGAACAUUAGGCAACAGGGUGCAGACUAAGUUUUUAUCGCAGAGCCGCGGACAGUUAGUCUGACGAUAUACGGGGAUACAUAGGGAUUCAGUUUUCAGCUGCGAAUGCAACGAUUGGUUUGUAUCGUUAUCGUACGUGCGAGGAGACAUGAUGCGUAUUGAAGUCGUGUUUGUCAGAAAGUUCCUAUUGCGAACGCAGUUUUUACUACGUUCGAGCAAACAAUACUUUUAUUUAGUACGCUCACUUAGAAAGAAAAAGAAAAGGAAAGAGAGAAGUAGGUUCUCUCUUAUCGAUUUUUUUUUUUACCGCGGAAUAAUAUAUUGUGCCAACAGUAUCCUAGAUUAUGCUAUAAUCGUGCAUUAGGAGCAAAAUGCCUUACAAGAAUGCUUACGCAUACAUACACACAUAUGCGCGUGUUUACGCGCAUAUCGUCACAGCAGAUUUACACGUACACACAUACUUUUUCGUUAAAGUCGUGAGAGCUGAAUUGUGGUUUUCACAGUGACAAUAAUUUUUUACGCGAGACGAGAAAGCUCCGUUAUGGUAAUUUGAGCUGGGCUCAAUGAAACACGUAGGAUCCUCAGGAAAUUUAUAUAGCUUCAUCAUCAUGCGUUUAUCGUAUGAAUAAGAGAAAAUAUAUAUUACGCUUAAUUUAUGAAUUGUUACGAUAAUGCUAGAAAGAUCAUUCUAGAACGGCGUCUGAGUAAUUAUGUGAUAAUUAUUUGUCGUUAUUACAAUGCGCACACGUAAUACAUCCGAAGUUAAUGUGAUAUAACGGGAGAUUCUUUCCGAUUUGUAUAUUGUACAACUCGCUGAUCGUUCUUCCAUUACGAUACGGAUUGUCAAUGACGUUACACAUUGUUAAUUUUUACGUUAGAUCACAAUGUAUCUCUUUACAUCCGAUUGCAGCAUAAGCAGCCGCGAUCGAUUAGUUUCUAACCGAAGCGAACAGCUGCUGCAAAUGUGUUUCGCUCACACGGACUGUUUAACGGUUGACGAAAUGGAGAAGUACACGGUCUACGAUUCUCUGGUGCGGAUUGUAGGGAAUUGAUUCAUUUUUAUUUUUAUCUUUUUUUUUUCUUUUUGUUAUCAUGUACGAACAUGUUACAUCUUUCCUUUAAGUAAGGCUUCAUCCUUUACCACGCGUUUCUCCUGUUUUGAUACGAUUUUGUCGAAUUAAAAAUAUUUUUGCAGAUA